ACACACCAAAGAUUGCUUUUGGUUUAUGAAAGACCAGUGUGGAUAAAAACACAGAGAAGUGGAAACAGCAAACUUCAGUGGUCAUCCCGUGACCAGAGAAACGGAUAAAUACACUGGUUGCCGUUCAGGAGAGGAGAGGUGAUCGCAGGAGAACUCCUUUUGACUUGAGAUUCCUGGAGGCAGUCUGAGUGCAAAAGAAGUAAAUAAACCUUUUGGCCCUUCGCUCAUUUUCCCUACAACAACCGUGUGAGAUGGGUGGGCUGAAAGAACAACUGGUCUAUAGCGCGAUGCAGUCGAAAUAAAGAGAGCGAAGGCGAUCCUGCGCCGCUCCUCUCUCUUCCCAGGGCAGCCUUCAUUCCUCCGCGGCCCCGGGCAGAAACGGACCGGAGUGAGGCAGGCGCCGCUUUCGGCGAGGCUUUGCCUACGGCUGGAAGGAGGCGAAAGGCCUCCGCUUCGCUCUGCCCAACCGCCCGGGGCUUCCACGGUCCUCGGAGAGACGCCGCGGGCGAGCCGUUGCGCGCCCCCGAAGGCCCCUCUGCAGCCCACGACGUCGGGGCUGGGCGCCCUCCGGCGGACAGAGGCGUCGGGGACCCCGAUGACCUCCGGCCCUGCCCGCCCGGAUUUCCGCUCCGCUCCCCUCCGCUGGGACCGAACCCGCCCGGCCAUGAACGGUAGCGAGGCGGUGAGGCUGCUGGAUGCCGUUGACUUCGCGGCCCGCAAGCACUCUGGGCAGCGGCGCAAAGAUCCGGAGCGGACGCCCUACAUCAACCACCCCAUCGGCGUGGCGCAGAUCCUGGCGCAGGAGGCCGGCGUGGCCGAUGUGGCGGUGCUGCAGGCCGCGCUGCUGCACGACACGGUGGAGGAUACGGACACCACCUUCGCGGAGAUCGAGCAGCGCUUCGGGCCGGAGGUGCGGCGCCUGGUGGAGGAGCUGACCGACAACAAGGCGCUGCCCCAGGCCGAGCGGAAACGCCUGCAGGUGGAGCGCGCGGCGGGGCUGAGCGCCGGGGCGCGGCUGGUGGCGCUGGCCGACAAGCUGUACAACCUGCGCGACCUGGACCGGCGCGUGCCCGAGGGCUGGUCCGAGCAGCGCGUGCGCGAGUACUUCGCCUGGGCGGCACGCGUAGCCGACCCCCUCCGCGGGAGCUGCCCGGCGCUGGAGGAGCCCCUGUGGCGGCUGCUGGCUACCAGGGGCGUCGCGCGCUAGCCCGGAAGCAUCGC